UGGACUGAAGGGAAGUCUGGAGACAGACAGCGAGUGUUGCCCUGUCUCCUCCACAGAGCUUUUACAUUUAUUAUUCACAGAUUCAUCUCGCCUCUGCACGCGCACAACUGAUGCUUCAAUGAACACGCGACUUUAUUACCUGCCUCUGGAUGAAGUUGGAGUUUUCUUCCUGCAGAACAAACACAAUGUGACCAUGCUGAAGCAGUGACUGCGUUAUCCUUGUCCGAUAUCGGAGUAUACCUUUAUUGAUCCGGGGGGGGGGGGGGGGUGGGACGUGAGCAUGGGAAAACUUCAGUCAAAACAUGCGUGUAAGCGCAGAGAAAACCCUGAAGGAGACAGUUUUGUUGUAAACGCUUUCCUCCGGAGAGGGAUGGAGGAAUGUGAGAGGUACAGCGCGACGGAUCAGAAGCUGAAGAACAUGCAGGAGUUUCCAAAUGGUGAGCUGAAGGAAGGACAAUUCACAGAUCAACACUGUCCCCUAGAGGUGGUUCUUCCUCCAGAGAAGGCUGAGGGCUGUGAGAGCUACCUGCAGUACCUGCACUCAGAGGAUGGAGAGCGGGAGAUACUUCGAGACUCGACCAAAGCUCCGGGGAAGAAACGCAUCAGUCUGGACGACCUGGAGUGUGACGUUUCUGUGGAGGAUGACAACCGUCAGGAGUGGAUCUUCACGCUUUAUGACUUUGACAACAGCGGGAAAGUUACAAAAGAUGACAUGUCCAGUCUGAUGCACACCAUCUAUGACGUGGUGGAUGCCUCUGUGAAUCACUCCUGCCAUAAUAAGAGCAAGACUCUGCGUGUCAAACUCACCGUCACUCCAGAGCCCAGGUGCCACAGAAGAGAAACAGGGACAGAUCGCUGUCACCAAGAGGAGGGGCGUUCAGCUGACAAGCGGCUGUCCUCCUAUGUCAGCAGCAAAGGGCAGAGCAAUGAGGUGCCGGCCAGCGAGGGUCAGCAUUACUGUGUGGAUGAGAACACGGAGAGAAGGAAUCAUUACCUGGACCUGGCUGGUAUCGAGAACUACACCUCCAGAUUUGAUGGAAUCACCCCUCCCCAGGAGGCUCAUGUUCGCAGCUCCCAGAGCCAGAGUCAGAGCCGCUCACGCUCCCAGGAACCAGAAACCCAAGUGGUUCACCAGCGGCGCUCACAAGUCAUCAGCGACAGCUACAACCCAACAGAGUCUCGAAGCAAGGGCACACAGUUCGUCAAAUCUCCCAAAGGAACCUAUAAGGGAGGCGGAGGGAAUAACGGGGGCAGCGGAGGUGGCAAAUCCACUAAAUGUCACGGCUACCACCCGCCUCUGCAAAGCAUGCUGCACAGUGGCAACACAGCAGGACAUGGGGGUCAAGAUGUGUACCACUUGCCGCACCAAACCCAACCCUCCGGCCACCACCAGCACCCUUUGCAAUACAGUCACAGCAAACGCCUGAGGGCAAAAGCCCGAGAGGCCAUGUCCCCAUCCAAAACCCCGCUAUCCCCUCAGUCCCACCCCCAGCAACAGCCCCCUGUGCCCUCUGUACUGCCAAGCCUGGAGAGAGAGCAGGCAUCCGGCCCCCCUGGGAGCCCAGGGUUUGUGGUUCCUGUGGUCCAGCGUCAUGAGCACCACCAUCACCAUGAACACCACCACCACCACCACUACCACCAUUACCAUCAGACAUGACCGCGCUCAGUGUGCAGUGACUCAAGCUGUACAGGACCAACCACAACCAACCACACCAGUCUGAAGGACUCAACGUCAUCCCACGAGAGUGUUUCGCACUCUGUCCAGGAUCUUUUUACUCUCUUCUUGCAAGCUAUACAGAUAUAUCCUGAGAUUAGAUGUACUGGGGAAUCCUGUAGUAUGACGGCUCAUGAUAUUGGAACGGAAAGGUGUUUUUUGAAGUUAUUGUGUAAUAACAAAAGAUGUGUGGCACGGGUUUAAAGUUUUUAUAGAUUUUCUGCUGGGACUGCUGCGAUCACGUUCAGUAAGGGUACAGAUGCCACAAAGGAACAGAUCAGAGAACUUUACGUGAGACAUCCUUCCCUCCUGAUGCUAUUGGUUUGACGUCCCCAGAAGCUAUAUGUCAGAGUAGGUGUGUUGUUCUGUGUGAGACCUUUCCAAAACAUGGAUCUCAGGUGUAAAGGUGCUGCUGCUCUCAAGCUUUUCACAGAGGCUUCUUCCUCUGGGAGGCCUGAUGUGGACUGAGGGGUUUCCUGUUUGGGGGGUGGGAACGAGGGGGUUAGGGCGAGGGUGGGGGGAGUAUAAAAUCACCACUGCCAGUUUUAAUGCAAAAAUAUCUUGCUAUAUGUAUAAAAAAAAAUCUAUAUAUGUAAACACAUUUUACUGUAUAAUUAUUAUACUGUAUAUGCAUAUUUCAUCAUGGGUAUAAUUAUGCAUAUAUGUAUUUUGUCUUUUAUAUAUUUUAAUAAACGUUAUAUAGUUCAUUUAUA